AUGAAUAAGACGGACAUCAAUGAAAAAGAUUUGAUCAGAGCGUUACAACCAUUAGUAAUGGGAAAUCUUUCACAAAGAGUAAUAAUAAGGAUUCCAAAGUCUAUAGAGAUUGAACCUCAUCACGAGUUCUCAAUAAAUAAAUUGUAUACUUCAAAAUUGAGUUGUGUAAUGAUUUAUUCAACUACUACAGAGGAAGAAAAUAGAUUGGAGUAUCAAAAAACUAAAGACAAAGUAGAAGAAAAUAAAAAUAAUCAAAUAGACACUAUAGCAGCACUUAUACACAUUAUGAAAGCUCGUAAAAAGUUAACACACAAUACACUCAUUAUGGAAGUAAUUGGAAAAUUAAAGUGCAGAUUUAUGCCAUCGCCUAUGCUUAUUUUAAAUCGUAUUGAGUACUUAAUUCAAAAAGAAUAUUUAUCACGUACACCAGAGAAAAUAAAUACUUAUAUUUAUGUUGCUUAA